UUACUGUGUCCUGUGGUCGGCCCACGAUCCCGCCCUUCAUCUUGGAGGCCGCGAGUCCUGCGAAAAACGCUCAAUAACUGCCGCAAGGCCACACUCCAUCCCCUCACGUCUCCCGAGAGUUGCAGCACACCUCGAUCAUCGUUUAGGCGAAGCGACGCGCACUGGGAACAUUUGGAGCGCCGACUGCCACAUGACAUCAGCGUGGGCUAUCAGUGGCCUUCGUCCAAUCGCCGCCGAGUAGCCGCACGCACGCACACUCGCACACAUCCGCACACCACACACAGGUGGCAUGUUACCGGUGCACACCCUCAUCCGUCUACCGCCAUGUCGUUGACUGUCGCCUCCACCUUCGCCCGGCGCACCCGGUGCCCAAGAUCCGUCCAUACAGGGACGCUCAGCAUUAUCGGAACCACCGCGGUCGCUCGCAAUCCCCGGGAGCAGCGACGGGGCUACCGCUUCGGCCGCCGCUAUUCGUCGUAUAUCGAUCCCGACAUCUACCGCCGUCUGAAGGACUUUGGAUACAAUUACUGCGAGAACCUCGGAUGGCACCCGUCAUGGAAGAAGGACCGCCACUUUCAAGACGCCAUAUCUGCUUGGAAGCGUGUCGUUUGCGAUCGCCGCCCCGCUGACGACGAGGAUAGCGGGGUUGCCGGACGGAAAACGAGCAGGGGCGCAUCCUCUAGGAAGACUCCGGACAAUCCGGAAGGCAUCCGCCCAGGUCGGAACAUCGAGGACGCCGAGCGGGCGCCUCUGGAGCAUCUUCUGUUCGGCGGUCAGAAAGACCAGGGGUCGAAGGAAAAGGGAAGCCCAAGGACGGUCCCGAUCACGCCCAGCUCCUCAGGGGAGAAUGCCGAAGUCGACUACAUCAUUGAUCCCAUUACGAACCGCAAGGUGCCCAAAAAGUCAUCGGACGACACUUACUCCACCCAGGAUUCAGGGGUAGAGAUCCCGGUCACCACGUUCAAGUCAUACCGGUCUCAGUUCGCGUCGUUCAACCCGCCCGAACCGGAGAAUACCCCGGUCUUUUCCGACGGACCGCCGCCGGAGGCGGAACUGAAGAAGUACGAGGAAGACAAGCCGUGCGAGUCAGACGGAAGGCCUCAAAGCAAACCGCCUGCAGUGAGCCAUUACGGCACGCCUCGGCCCUCCCUGAUGGAUUCGCUGAGCAAGCAGCACAAGAGUGUCCGAUGGCACCAGCAUGAACCCAUCGCCUCGAUGGCUGCUGGGUCUUGGAGCCGUCCUACGAACCCCACCGAGGAUGCGGAGCUUUGCCGAUACACCCCCGUGCUCCACAACGAGCCCGAUGGCAAGGCGCCGGGCGAGCAAUCGAACCAACAGUACGAAGAUCUGCGUAAAUACGGCCCAGUUAAAGCUCACGAGCCAGACGGCAUGUACAAGGCGGAACACGGCUCCCUCGCGGAUCUGGCAGAACUGGGCCAGGACGGCAAGGACAAAACCGGCCGCGGCUAUGGACCGAAUGGCAAGUUUGCGGCUAACUACACCGAAGCCCCCGACGAGGCGGAGCUGGAAGAGUACAGCAAACCCUUCCUCAGCUGCGAGCCCGACGGCAAGUACGCAGCCAACCAUGUGUGGCCGAAGCACGACGAGGCCGAGCUAGCGAGGUACAGCGGACCUUUCUUCAGUCACGAGCCUGACGGCAAGUACGCGGCGUCGUACGUAGAGCAGAAGCCGGAUGAGGCAGAAUUGGCACGGUACAAGCCAUUUCGGAGUCACGAACCUGACGGGAAAUACGCCGCCAACCAUGUUGUGGAGAAGCCUGAUGAACGCGAGCUGGCGACUUACGGACCAUUCCGGAGUCACGAGCCCGAUGGGAUGUACGCUGCAAGCCAUGCGGCUGCGGCGGCGGAGCCGCCAGAUCUUCGGAAAUACGAAGCCUUCCGCAGUCAUGAGCCUGACGGCAAAUACGCUGCCGAGGCAGAGGCCGCGGCGGCUGCUGCUAGAGAGGCCCAAGACCUUGCCAAUCAUGAGGCCUUCGGCUACGAGGAUGCCGAAACGCGGCCGCCGCCCCAGGAAUUCCAGGAGAAUAAGGCUGCCCCUGACCUUCAGUCGUGCAACGCAGUCCAGGUUGAUGAACCGCAGGGCGCAGCCGAGUCCACUUCGGGGUACGACGUGAAAGGUGAAAGCCCUCGUGCCGCCGAGGCGAGCGAGGAGCCCAGUGGAACAAGGGUCGAGGAGGUGCUACCGCAGCCCGCGGCGGAGACGGCCGCGGAUGGCCUUGUCAGCAAGUCGAACGGCCUCACCGGCAACUACGUACGCGACUUCCCCGAAGAAUUCUCCAAGUCCUGGGCUACGGAGUCAUCCGAGACGAUCUCCCCGCUUCUGUCAUCCGAGCAGAAGGAAUCUGACGGUGCUGUGCAGCCGGCGCUUGAACGGAUCACCCAGACAAAGGCGGCCCCAGGCACAGGAAACGCGGCUGCCUCUCCAACAGCCGGACCAGCACAGCCCGCCGAGCCAGCGUUGUACAAGAUCCUCGUCUACGACCCGACAAUGCAGUGCAUCGAGACAGCCGAGACGACAUCCGCCGUUCCCGACAACACCGCACCGCUGACCCCGGCCGAGGUGCUGCUCCGCAUCUCCAACCCAGCCAAGUUCUUCCCCCACUUUGCUCCGCUGCAGGCCCAGGGCUUUGAGAUUGUCUCGGGCGGCGGCGACGUGCUCAUCUUCCGCAAGGUGCGCGAGGCUGUGGCCGAGCCGAAGACGUCCGGCGCGGCGGCAGCUUCCGCCAGUGCCGAGAGCACUGCUUCCGCGGCCGCCGUCAACCCCAUCGACAUGACCGGCGAGCGCAGCACCGACGGCGACGCCGCGGGCCGCUUCGCCAGUCCCACCGACUUCGUGGUCGCCGCGAGCAGGUUCGCGAGCCCGACCGGCUUUGUCAACUAUGACCUGCCGCCGGAGAUCGCCGCGCGGUCGGACGGCGAGGCAGGGCGUCCCGAGGCGCCCGGCCGCGAGCAGCAGAAAGGGGAGGCCGAGAGGCCGCGGAAGGGCAGUCUCACGAAGAAGGUCGCGAUCGGUGCGGCCUGGUUGGCAGGUUUCACGUACUCGGUUGGGGUGGUGAGCGAGUACUUCAAGUCUGGGGGAUCCAAUGGGAAGGGCCCGAAGGGGCUGUGAGGUACAUACCCGGGCCAUGUGACGAGGGGCCUUGUUUCUUUCUCGUCGUUCUUUCUCGCCGUUGCAUUUUCUGCUUUGCUUUUUCCUAGUUAUUAUUCCC